AGCUGCGACCGAAGUUUCAUCCAAAAUUCUCUUUUCAUACUUUUAUUAAAGGCUUCCAGCUUGUUUUCUUAUAACCGUACGGUCCGAAAUUUCAUCCAUUUUAUUCUUUCAAUAAAACCCUUAAUUUUCUUUUAAUUUGUUUGACCAAAUUCUCUAUAGGGUUUUACCAAUUUGCUUCCUUUAUCUCCUAGGAUGGUUGUUUUUACACACAAUUUAAUACUACAAUAUAGUUGUAAUUGGAAAAAAAAGCUUCUUUUACUUAGAUUUUUCUUUUUACUGGCUAAAGUUCAUUUCUUUUUCAUUCAGGAGCAUUAUAUUUUUUCUUUACAGUACCUAGAAUUUGUUUUUGCUUAUCGAUUUUCCUUUUUUUAAUCUGGAUUUUUUCAAAUUACUUUUCGUUGCUUACAAUUUUGUCCAAAUCCUCAUUUGGGUUUUCUCAAUUUAAUAUAUUUUGACCUGGGAUUUUGAUUUUACCAGCUUUUGUAAGCAUAAUUGUGAUAUAAGAACAAAAUUAAUUAGUAGUUGUUGUGAUAUCAAAGAUGAACUGUUUUUCUUUCAAAAAGAACAAGAACAAGCAACAUAAAGCAAAUUCAGCCCCUGAAUUAAGGAAACAAAAUACUGCAAAUACAUCAAAUAAUAAAAGGGUAUCAAAAUCUACUAAUUCAGUCUCAACAUCAAAGAGUAUACCAGAAUUAUACAAGGAAAGACAGCAUUAUUUGAGGGUUUUUACUUAUGAGGAGCUUAGUGAAGCUACUGAUGGUUUUAACAAGUUGUUAAGGAUUGGUGAAGGUGGUUUUGGGAGUGUUUUUAAAGGUACAAUUAACACCCCAAACAAGGGUAAUCCUACUGUUGUUGCUAUCAAGAAGCUUAAUAGAUAUGGCUUGCAGGGCCACAAAGAAUUCCUUACAGAAGUUCAAUUCCUUGGUGUUGUUGAUCAUCCAAAACUAGUAAAGCUUUUGGGAUACUGUGCUUUAGAUGGAGAAAGAGAGAUUCAGAGACUAUUGGUGUAUGAAUACAUGCGAAACAAGAGCUUAGAACAUCAUCUAUUCGGGAGAAAUCCUCCUCUAUCGUGGAUUUUGAGAUUAAAGAUAAUGUUGGAUGCAGCUGAAGGCUUGGAUUAUCUGCACAAAGGAAUGGAAGUUCAGGUGAUUUUUAGAGACUUCAAGUCUUCAAACAUUCUGUUGGACGAAAACAUGAAUGCAAAGUUAUCUGAUUUCGGGAUGGCUAGAGAAGGUCCCACUGGGGAUAAUACUCAUGUGUCAACAAGGCCGGUGGGAACUUAUGGAUAUGCCGCCCCAGAAUAUGUUGAUACAGGGCAUCUCAAGGAAAAAAGCGACAUUUACAGCUUCGGAGUGGUUCUUUAUGAGAUCUUGACAGGUCGACGAUCCAUAGCUAGAGAUCGUCCGCCUGGAGAACGGAAGCUCUUAGAUUGGGUGAAACGAUUUCCAGCUGACAGUCGGAUGUUCAACAUGAUCAUGGACUUGCGCCUGCGAAAUCAGUAUCCUUUAGAUACUGCCCGGAAAGUAGCCAAGUUAGCAGAUAGAUGUCUGAUCAAAGACGAAACAGAACGACCAGAUAUGAGCGAAAUUAUAGAGGUUUUGAAGAGGGCAGUACUCGAAUCGGAGGAAAAAGCUUAAAGAGUAAACAUUCCAAAAUCAACUAAGAGCUAAAUAAUGCGGGAUAAUAGAGUAUUAUGCUCAUAGUUUUUAAACAUUGCUCAAUCAUUAUCCUCCUGUAUUCAUGGAAGCCAAGGCAUAUGAUGCAACUAAGAUUAGUGUAUUUAUUAACGAGUUUUUGUAGGGAAAAUACAAGUAAAAUGAAGGAUGAUGAUGAUUCAGUAAGUUGAAGUGUGAUUUUUUUGGCCAUAUUAUGUGGCAAUGAGUUUCCUGUGAGACGGUCUAAGUCAGUAAAAUUUUUUAAAUUUGACAUA